UCUUCCGGCCUUCUUCCUGCCCGUGCCGGACUUGGCCGGCUCUCGCGAGAUCUGGCCCUCUUUCCUCCGCCGGCGCUCAAGCAGGAGAAGCCAUGUUUAGCUCGAGCGCCAAGAUCGUCAAGCCGAACGGCGAGAAGCCGGAUGAGUUCGAGUCGGGCAUCUCGCAGGCCCUACUGGAGCUGGAGAUGAACUCGGACCUCAAGGCCCAGCUGAGGGAGCUGAACAUCACGGCCGCCAAGGAAAUCGAAGUCGGGGGCGGCCGGAAAGCGAUCAUCAUCUUCGUGCCCGUGCCUCAGCUGAAAUCUUUCCAGAAGAUCCAAGUGCGGCUAGUGCGCGAGCUGGAGAAGAAGUUUAGUGGGAAGCACGUCGUGUUCAUCGCUCAGAGGAGAAUUCUGCCCAAGCCCACCCGGAAGAGCCGCACGAAGAACAAGCAGAAGCGGCCCAGGAGCCGCACACUGACGGCGGUGCACGACGCCAUCCUGGAAGACCUGGUGUUCCCCAGUGAAAUCGUGGGCAAGAGGAUCCGCGUGAAGCUGGACGGCAGCCGCCUCAUCAAGGUCCACCUGGACAAAGCCCAGCAGAACAACGUGGAGCACAAGGUGGAAACUUUCUCUGGUGUGUAUAAGAAGCUCACAGGCAAGGAUGUUAAUUUUGAGUUUCCAGAGUUCCAGUUGUAAAGAAAAAUGACUAAAUAAAGAAUGGCUCACAA